GGGAGGGGUGGCGGGGGAUAGCGGCAGCAGCAGCCCCAGCCCUCAGAGAGACAGCAGGAAGGGAGGGAGGGAGCUGGGGGGACAACCCCCCACCAUUCCUACCGCUAUGGGCCCAGCCUCCCACUCUCACCUCCCCUCCAUCGGCCGGGGCUAGGACACCCCCAAAUCCUGUCGCCCCCUUGGCACCGACACCCCGACUGAGGCAGAGACACAGCCACCCGCCACCACCGCUGCCGCAGCCCGGCUGGGGAGGGGGCCAGCCCCCCAGGCCCCCCACCCCACUGAGGUGACCAGCAUGGAGCUGUGGCCAGGGGCAUGGACUCUGCUGCUGCUGCUCUUCCUGCUGCUGCUCUUCCUGCUGCCCAUUCUAUGGUUCUGCAGCCCCAGUGCCAAGUACUUCUUCAAGAUGGCCUUCUACAAUGGCUGGAUCCUCUUCCUGGCUGUGCUUGCCAUCCCCGUGUGCGCCGUGCGAGGGCGCAACGUGGAGAACAUGAAGAUCUUGCGUCUGAUGAUGCUCCACAUCAAGUACCUGUAUGGGAUCCGAGUGGAGGUGCGAGGGGCUCACCACUUCCCUCCCUCCCAGCCCUACGUUGUCGUCUCCAACCACCAGAGCUCCCUGGACCUGCUUGGGAUGAUGGAGGUACUGCCAGGGCGCUGUGUGCCCAUUGCCAAGCGUGAGCUACUGUGGGCUGGCUCUGCCGGGCUGGCCUGCUGGCUGGCAGGAGUCAUCUUCAUUGACCGAAAGCGCACUGGGGAUGCCAUCAGUGUCAUGUCUGAGGUCGCCCAGACCCUGCUCACACAGGACGUACGAGUCUGGGUUUUUCCUGAGGGCACAAGAAACCACAACGGCUCCAUGCUGCCCUUCAAACGUGGCGCCUUCCACCUUGCAGUGCAGGCCCAGGUUCCCAUCGUCCCCAUAGUCAUGUCCUCCUAUCAAGACUUCUACUGCAAGAAGGAGCGCCGCUUCACUUCGGGGCAAUGUCAGGUCCGGGUGCUGCCCCCAGUGCCCACAGAAGGGCUGACACCAGACGACGUCCCGGCGCUGGCUGACAGAGUCCGGCACUCCAUGCUCACCGUUUUCCAGGAAAUCUCCACCGAUGGCAGGGGUGGUGGUGACUAUCUGAAGAAGCCUGGAGGGGUGGGCGAGGCCCGGCUCUGAGCUCCCCUCCCGGCUACCCCCCACCUUCUCCACACCUACCAGCCCAGUGGGCCUGAAACCAGGCCAAGCCCUGUUCCUCAUUUCCCCUCCUCCCCACUUGUUCUCCUCUUUGGAGUCUUCAACUUUUGAAGUGAACGUGGUUAUAGCACCCCCCCCUGCCCCCUUCCCAGCCCCACCACGGACUCUCUUGCCUAGGUGCAAUCUCCCCUCUGACCCCCACCUUCUGUGCCAUCUUGUGUGUGGGACAGUUGCCUCCCCCUCAUCUCCAGUGGCUCAGUCUACACCAGGGUAGGAACACUCCAUCCUGUCCCCAGUGGACCCUCGUCCUUUGUGGUCCUCUCUCCCUCUCCACCCCACAUUGGCCAGUGGACUCAUCUGUUCUGUGGAACAAUUCCUCACCCCCAAGUCCAGAAGUCCAUGGAUUUAGUGGACUCAUCCAUUUGUGAGGACUCCUCACACUGGCUGGAAGCCGAUGCCUGGAACAUUCCUCUCAGGCUUGUACUGGGAACAUUCCUCAGCACCUUCACCCUCCCUCCUAUGGAGCCUCCUGUCUGUGGAGGCUGGACUUUUCUCACUCAGAGGUCUCAUCCCUGCCCGUGUCCAGGUGUCCAGGGUUGAGCACACUCUUGGAGGCCAGUUUGCUCUCCACAUUUCUGCUUCCCCUCAUCCUCUUGGUACAUUCUUCAGUGGUCCUGGCCCCACCCAGCCCCCUGCAGCCCCUCUGUACCAUUCUAACCAGACACGGGAGGAGACAGAUGUCAAUGCUGCUUUCGUGUCUCCCUGGGGUGUUGGAGAAAGGAACUGAACCCUGGCUGGAGGGGAUGGGAAGGCUUUUAAUUUAUUUCUCUUUCUUUUGGGGCUUCCCCUCUCUGAGCCAGUUUUCAUUUCCUCCCUGUGGCAUUAGCCACUUUCAGCCCCCCCACCCCAGACCUGUGCCCGCAACUGGGGAGGUGGGCUGGGAGCAAAAGGAGAGGCUGGGACCCAGUUUUGCGUGAUUGAUUUUUAUUAAUUAUCUGGGUAACAGCAAGAAACCAAGAAUAAAGAUUGAGAGCGAAA